GUUACUUAUCAUCAUCACCUCCCUCCUCUCCUCCUCCACUCCGCAGGCUCAUUCUUCCAAGGUUUUAGAGAUUAAAAUGGAACCCUCCGUCAAUGUCAACGCCAAUGGAAGUAUGUUCCGUAACAAAACCAGCAAUGCAUUUGUUUGCUACCAUCUCAACAAGCUGUUAGCCUCACAGUUUAAUAAACCCCCUCAAGAUAUUGCAGAGGCCUCAAGAUCUGCAGCAGCGGCCGCCACGGCCGCUGCUGCAGCUGCAAGGGCGGCAAGAGCCAACGCAAAUGCGAAAGCUUAUGCUGCUGCUAAAGCUGUUGCUGCUGCUAAGGCUGCUCUGAAUUUGAUUGCUUCAUUUCCUAACCAGGAGGAGGUUAGGAAGGACAAACAUCUUGUUGUUGUUGAGGCUGAGGAUGAGGUUGAUGAGGACUGUGACGUUGUGUUACAGGAUCAGGAGUUGGCUUCUGGAGACGCGGGUAAUGGUAUGAUGGUGGUGGUGCCAGAUUCUACUCCGAGUUGUGAGCAGAGGAAAAAUGAGGAGUGGUCUACAGGGAGGUUGAGAGAGAGGGUAAGUGGAGAGAAUGAUGUUAACUCUAAUAAGAGGAGUGGUGUGGAGGUUGGUUCGUCUAGUAGAGUGGUUGAGUCAUCGGUGAGUGGACAAGGAGGAGGUAAAGAGGAUGUUCAGAAGCCGACCAGGAAGAGAGGCCGGCCGAGGAAACAUUAGUUGGGUUGUGGUUUAACUUUUAGUGUUUUGGUUCGUAGAUUGGAUGAGUUCAGUGAAAACUUUUAGACUGUAAUUAACAGUUGUGGCCAUCUAAUCAGGCUAAACUUUUUUUUUUAUUGGUUUAAGUUAACAUUGAUGCUGCUGGAGUUGAGUAGUGUGACAGAAUAACAUUCUUUGUUCUUACAUUAGAACACAACAUCUUUAGAUUAUGUUUGAGCAGUAACUUUUAUUUCAGUUUUGUUUGUUUGUAUGUUUUUGUAACAUUGGACCAGAU